AUGGCCACACGAUCACUUGCUCGCCGCAUCUACGCGGAAACCUUUGCGAAAUGGCCCAAGCAGGACCUGCGGCCCGACUAUCAACUCCAGGACGUGCUCGGCAAGACUGUGGAAGCGCGCUUCCAAAAUUACACGCCGGCGAUGGAGCGGGAAGAGAUUCUUAAAGCGAGAGCGCUGCAGUUUCUCCUACAAGACAGGUUCAAGGACCGGUACAAGCUGAAAGGACCGAUGCUGCAGCCCAAGAGCCAACCAACCUACUUUGACGACUUGGUGCGCGAGAUCGAAGAGGCACCGAACCGCUCUUGGUUCGGUCGACUCGGCAAGCGACUCUCCGGCAUGAUUCGGCUGCAAUAA